GGCUACUUGGGAAACCACUUUCUUUCUUAUUUCUCUCUCUUCUUUCCAUCGUUUCUAACUUACUUCUCCCUGGUUCAUUCACAAUAACCAGAAUUUCCCAACCGUACUUGCGUUGAUUCUAAAUCCAGCGCCAAAUAUAUUAAUUUCAUGCCUGAUUUAGAAUCAACGAAUAUGGACGGUAUUCUUGAAGAACUUGAUGAAGCAAAAGCUGAUAUUGAGAAGCUUAGGGCGGAAUGCAAGAUGAAGGAAGAAUUAUCUGAAAAUUUGAAGAGAGUUAAUAGCGAACAAUUCGCAAAGUUGCAGGAGGCGAAUUUGAAAAUUGAGAAGCAAGCUCAGGAGAUAAAUGAAAAGGCAGAAGAAUUAUCCAUGGAGAAGAAUCGUUUGGAGGAACUAGAACGAAGUUUACUUGAAAGAGAGUCUGCUGUAAAACAUCUUAGUUCUGCCAACGAUAAGCUUCGAGAUGAUACCAAUGAGAAGUUUGAAAAAUUGAAAGAGGAAAAGAGAAGUCUGCUAUCGGCUUUGGAUGAUUCGAACGAGAAGUGCUUGGAUCAAGAGCAGAAGAUAUAUGAAUAUAGAGGAGAAAUUAAAGGCCUUAAAGAGAGUCUAUUGCUUUGGCAAAGAAAGUGUUCAGAAGCUGAAGAACGGUUCAUGGUGCAGAAGGAGCAUGGAGAAAGAGAUGAUACACUGAUUGAUUUAAACAAUGAAAUUGCAAAUCUUAAAGAUCAGUUGAAGUGGAAGAUAGAACAAUUUAAACAUCUGGAGGAGGCACUCGAGAAGGUCCGAGAUCAAUUCAAGGUGAAUAAGAAAGAGUGGGAGCUGGAGAAAGGUACUCUGCUUGAUGAGAUCUCUUCACUGCAGACAAGGCUAGAUUCUCAAAUCUUAAUCUCAAGAGAUCUUAAUAACAAGUUAGAAAUGUGCAACCAAGCCCUCGCACAUGAAGAGAGUCGACGAAAAUAUUUGCAGAUUCAAGUUGCUGAUUUCGAGACACGCUUUGAUAAUGUUCUUGAUGAGUGUGAACGAGCAAAAAUGCAACUGGAUGAAAUGACUGCUCAGAGGGAUAAAGAAAUUGCUAAUUUAAGAAGUUCGUUGGGAACAAAAGAUUCAUUUCUCAAGGAAAGAGAAUAUCAAACACUAAAGCUGGAGGAAGAAAAUCAGGAGUUGCGGACAGCCAUCAAUGAACUCCAGGAGGACCAAAUUCAAGCAGCAGGAGCUUCACCCUCUUUCAGAAAACUGAAAGACAAGAUGCAAAGCUUGGAGACUGCACAUGGUGAAUGUGCUGCAAACCUAAGGGCUAAAGAAAUUGAAUGGACGUCCCAACUGGAUGGAGUUUUGAGUGACUUGAAUAAUUGCAAAACUGAGUUAUCCAGAAGAGAGGCAACAAUAAAGGAACUUGAGGCAACGUUGGAAAGUCAUCAUUCUUCAGCAUUGCAGUUGAAGUUACAAAAUGAGGAGUUCUCUGCCAUGUUACUAGUAUUGAAUCAGGGAAUAUCGGAGGCUCAAGUGAAGCUGUCAAAAGAAAUGGCCGAAGUUUAUAUGCAUGACAAAGAGAGAGAGGAGAAAAUAUCUUUAUUGAUGAAGCAGCUGGAGGUGCAGAAUGUGGCCUUGGCAAAGGCCCACAAAGUUAUUGAAGAAGAGCGUGAAGAGGUGGCGUCUUUAAUGACAAGAGUAGAGUCUUUGGAUCUUUUUGAGGAGCAGCUUCAAUUAAUGCAGAAAGAAAUAGAUAGCUACAAGGAAAUGCUCGAGGAAUCAACCAAGUGUCAGCUUGACUUAGAGGAGCAGUGUUUGCAAAUGAAAAAUGAUGCAGCAGAAAAACUUGAAGUUUGCAACGCCUUAGGCAGGGCAAAUGCUGAGCUUGCUGAAAAAGAAUCUAUGUUUAUUCGAGUUCAAUCAAUGGAGCUAAUUGAUGAGCAGUACAAACUAAAGCUGAAAGAGCUUGAUCACUUUAUGGAAAUACUUGAAGAAUCAUCCAGCGAUUAUAUUGUGUUGGAAGAACAAGUGUCGCAAAUAGAAUGUGAUGCAAUGGAGAGACUUCAAGAAGCAUGCAAUGCAUUGGAAGAAGCAAAUACCGAACUGGAUGAUAAAAUAUGUGAAGGAAAUGAAGUUGAUUUUGAAAUGUAUAUGUGGAAAUGUAUAUCUGAACAAUUAAAAGUUGAUCUUGAGGAAAACCACAGCAUACGUAGAGAGUUAGAAGCCUCGCUUCUUGCAGAAAUCCAUGCAGGAGAGAACGUUAAGCAAGAGAAAGAUGGCCUUAUUCAGAGGUUGAAUGAGAAAGACAAGAAGAUUGAAAGUCUUGAGCAACAGGUUAUGCUGCUGGAGCAAGGGCUCGAAAUAAUAGAAUUGGAGGCUACUGCUUGGUCAGGAGCAGAGUCGCCAACUUCCUUCGAGUCCAUGAGAGAGAGUUUUCUUCAGACUAUAAGAGAGAAGGAUGAGAUCAUAGAACAACUCCAAAAUGAAGUUGAGUGUCUGGAGCAAGAUUCUCUGAGAAGAGAACUUGAAGUAGCUGUGCUGUCUCAUAUUGGUGCAGAGAGUAUGUUUGAGCAAGAAAAGGAGAAACUCAUCCAAAUGGUAGACAAGAAAAACAAGCGAAUAGAUCAACUCAUGCAGCUAGUGGAUUCGCUGGAACAGAAAUUUAACGGCUCUUUAAUAUCUUUUGCUUCACAGCUUGAUGAGAAGCAAGCAGAAAUUAGUCUAGUCUACCAGGCCUGGGAGAAGAUCAAUGCUGCUGAGAUUUUGGCUGCUCUAGAAACUGAAGAGAAGAAAUUGAUGAUUUUGGAACUUGAGGAAAAUAUUCGUGUGAUACAGCAGAAACUGGAGUUUCAGGAAGUAUCAUUGGGUCAUGCUAAAGACAAAGCAAUGAAGAUUGAAGCAGAUCUGGAAGCAAAGGAGUCUGAAAUGAAGAAACUGACUGAUCAAUUGAAGACAAAGCUAACACAUUCGGAUGUCUUGAUCGAUGAGCUCAAGAGUGAGAAAAGUAAUUUGAUAGAGGAUGUUAUGAAGUUAUCUUCAAAUAAGGAAGACUUGAUGGGUAUUAUUGGGGGCAUAGAGAAUCAUAUCAACGAGUUUUCCAAUUCAGACAGAGAACUGAUGGGCCUCCUGGAGAAGAUAAUACUCUCUUUUGGCAAUGAAUGUCAAGGAAUGGAGCUGAAAGAGAACGUGAAUUCUCCUUCAAUGAAAAGAUUUGACGUCUCAGCUGAUACAAGAUCACCCUUUAGAGAGCUUAACAGCUAGCUGCCUGCAACCAGUAGCUACGACUCCUUAAGCCAUACAGUAUAAAAGCCAUUUUUCCCUUCUAAAUUGCUUUGGUCUGUACAAUUCUCUGUAUAAGCACCCGCCCGCCAACCUUUUUUAAUUUAACGUAGUGUAAGAAUCUUCUUGUUUUUGUACGACAAAUUGAUUAGCACAGGCUCAACUUCAUUUACUUUAGAGCCAGUGUUUAAAUUUGUUUAAAUUUUCUCUUAUUUUGUAACAACUCUUCUUGUAUGUUCCAUUAAUGGACCAUUGGAACAGUUCAUUCGUUGU